GAAUUUUUGUUCUGUUUUCAAACCUUAAAAUGGUCUUUUUAUAACAUACACCGUUGACAUGGCGAAUGUACAGGUAUCCCAGUCGAGUCUGCCGCCGGUCUCCAUCGAGCAGGCGUUCCUGGAGACUUACUUCCACGCGCUGAGUCAGUUCGCGUACGACAAGGCCAAGGAGGUCGCGGAGAAGGACCGUGACUCGAGGAAGACAAACUACGGCUCCACCUGGACGUCCCUGCUCAACUCCCUGUCCCACCUGGCCAUGGCGGAAAAGAUGUACGCCUCGCUCGGGUACCUGGGGCAGAAGAAGUGGUUCAGCGGCAGAGAGUCCCUCAGGUCCACGUACUCCUCCCUGCUGACAGAGCUGCGUAAGAUUGAGGACACCGGUCGGCAGGCGGUGGGCGGCACAGCACCGUCCCUGGAGAAACUCUUAGCUCACCUGUGUGGACAACUCUCCUCCUUUGUAGCAGCCAGGCUGGAAACUAUGGACUUCUAUGAAACUUUGUGUUCCAUGGGAUCCAGUCGGGUCAUUGGUUAUGCAGAAGUAGCUGUGAACUUGGCUGCCAUCAUACAGAGACACAGUAAGAGUUUCCACCACCCGAUCCUGACGCCGCUGAAGACCAGUUUCAGUGACGAACUGUCCAUCCUGUACCACCUGCUGCAGGCGCAGGCUGACAUGGCCGUGUGGUGCUUCCUCCCCGCACUGCUGCACCUGCACGAGGCACACUCCAAACUCAACUCAUGGGGGGCCAUCGUACAGAUGGCUAAAGAAAGUCAGAAGAAAGGUUUUGAGCUGUUUGGCAGCACGUCCACCAAGGUGCCGCAGGUCCCACCUCUACACCAGUGGCUGCUCAGUUUCAAGGCUGCCCUCGUUUCCAAGUUCUCCUUGUAUUUCAACGAGACCCUGAGUAAACAGUCCAGCCCACCUGAGAUGAAAACCCUUCUAGCAAAGACAUCAUGUGACUACAUGGCAAAGUUUGCCACGUUUUUGCGUAAAUCGGAUGCGACUAACCUGUCGAUUGUUCUGGACACCCGUGGACUGGAGGAGACGUAUAAGGGUCACGGGUACCACCACCCUGCAGCCAAGCUGGAGCCGCCCAAGGGACUGGACAGUUACCCUGCCAUCGUGUCUGUUCCCGGGGAGAGACCCCAGCAUCACUGGCCCAACCUCAUCAUGAUCAUGAACAACAACGCUGCUGAAAUGAACACCAUGGAGAGGAUAGUUUACUUCUACGACAAGGCCUUCCAGAGCACCUACUACAUGAUAAGAAUAGAGCCGAAGAUGACACUGGUGGUGAUAUUCGAAACCAAGAGAGCUGAGAAGGACUCCUAUGUCAAUACAUUCCUUACAGAAAUUUCAUCCCAACUCAAAAACAACAAGCUGCUACUUAAUCUAAAACCUGGAUCAAAGUGAAGCAAUGUACCAUCUGCAAAUACAGUACUACAUAUACAAGUAUAAUUUAUAUUGUAUUACAUCUCAUGAAGAGCUGCAAUAUGGUAACAACUUACUGUAUAUUAUUUGCAUGUUCUCCUUCUCUUGCAAUUCAUUAAGUCAAAUAACAAUGUUUAAAGCAUCAUUUAUGACUGUAAUUCAGGAAGAGAUUUCUUUGAUUUGGCUAAUUAUUAUUAGAGAAAUUAUUGACUACUGACAGUAAUAAAACACACCGUGUGUUGCUCUGA